CUGUUGUUUCCGGAUAAUGUUGAUAUCUUAUAAGUACUAUUGAGUACAUGUACCUGACAGUAUAAUAUAAAAUGUAAAUAAGGAUAAAUUAUUUUAAUCAUAACUGCGAAUAGUAAAAAAAAAACCUAGAAUCUUACAAAAAGUUAAAUACGAUGGAUACAAUAUUAUGUACGCUUGUCCUGGUAACUUUGUUUGCUGUUUAUUCUGCCACAGCAGAUGUGCCACAGAUUGAGUGCAAUGCAACCGUUGAUGAAACAACGGAAGCUUCGCUACCUUCUGUAAAACUAAAUAUCGAACAUCUCUAUAGCAGUGUAACAAAUGGCGUUCCAUACAGUAAAGCUCCCAGCAUGGUACCAGGGGUUACAUUUGGAGAAAAUAUUUCAUCAUAUGUGGUCAGUGUUAGUGUAUCUCGUUCAAAUACACAAAAAAUUACAUUUGCAUACAAUGGAUCUCAUAUUUGUGCCUCUGCGCAACUUCGUCUAGAAACUGACACCUGCUGGAGUGGUUCCUCAACCGGAUGUAACAAUAAAACAACAACAUGUGAUUCUACUUGUUUUCUGUCAAACGAGUUCUAUGAACGGCAUACCUUGAAACUUUUUGACAGUCUUACGUCAAGUUAUAGUAUUGGGACUUGGACAAUGUCAGACUGGCUAUCAGUGUAUACGACAUCAAAUAAACAACUAGAAUGUUUCCAUAGAAACGAGGGCUUCUACAGAUUCGAAAAUAGUGAGUACAUUAAAGAACCGAACUUAACUCGGGUUACAUGUCCAAUAGGGCAACGUUGUCGAAUCUCAAUAGGAAAAGUGUUACCUUCGUCUAUUCCAAAAGCAUAUGUGGGAUGUGAAAGAGAUAGCGGACACUAUGAUGGCUGUGAAAAGGGAUGCAGCACUUGGCAGAGAUCACCAACAACCGGAUAUAGAGAAAGAUGGGGUGCUAUGUGUAGAUACUGUUGUAAUGAGAAUUUGUGUAACAACCCCGUUAAAUGCAGUAAUUUAAAUUGCGAUUUAACUUCCACAUUAACAGGAAAUGAUAUGUCGAAUUUGAGUCAUAGGAAUAUUGGAAAUCAUGUGUAUUUUGUCUUGGUUUUAUACUUAAUUCAUUCACUGAUUUGAAGAAUGAAAAUGAACAAAGCGUCUGUCUAUGGCCCCUUUAAAAUUGUUAAAACUUGUCAAUGUUGACUAUGAAUACCAUGUGUUAGAAAGAAAAUUCGUACACUGAAGAACUUGAAAUCUAUCAUCAAAGCUGUAACAUUGAUCAUUGUUGAAGUAAUAGUCUGCUUUAAUUUACAAUAUAUAUAAUGUUAUGAAGAUUAUUUUCACAAAUAAGUCUAGGCUACUGCCACAUGUCAAAUUCUAUCACUCGACACUUUUCAUAAACCCAACCAACACAUUGUGUAUCCUGUUGAACCGCAUUUCAUAAUUAAACGUAAAAGUGAAUUAAACUGUAGUUGAAUUAC